AUGAAUAUGUCAUUUGGAAACGAUGCCUAUCAGAUUAAGAUGACCCACGUGACAGCAGAUUGCACUACUCCAGGUUCUGUUGAUCAUUCUGACCAGCCUCAGUGCCACAUGAAUACGUCAUUUGCAAACGAUGCCCCUCAGAAACAGAUGACCCACGUGACAGCAGAUUGCACUACUCCAGGUUCUGUUGAUCAUUCUGACCAGCCUCAGUGCCACAUGAAUACGUCAUUUGCAAAUGAUGCCCCUCAGAAACAGAUGACCCACGUGACAGCAGAUUGCACUACUCCAGGUUCUGUUGAUCAUUCUGACCAGCCUCAGUGCCACAUGAAUACGUCAUUUGCAAACGAUGCCCCUCAGAAACAGAUGACCCACGUGACAGCAGAUUGCACUACUCCAGGUUCUGUUGAUCAUUCUGACCAGCCUCAGUGCCACAUGAAUACGUCAUUUGCAAACGAUGCCCCUCAGAAACAGAUGACACUUAUACCACAGAUUUUUUGA